AAAACAAAAUGUUUAAUUCGUUUUUCCGUGGUCUUCUUGGAACUGAAGAGGUGCCGACAAAAGUAUUAGAAGUGCGGUCGGACAAUUAUGUUUCUAGGCCAAUACAUUAUAGGGAAGAUUCUAUGUUACUUUAUGGACCAAAGAAUUCCUCUGAAACUAAGAAUGCCAAAGAAAAAUAUUACGAAAUUGUUCUUCAUAAACCAUUCACUGAAAGUUUGUAUCACAUGUAUAGUUUAUUCCGAUCUGAAACUCUUGAGAGCUCAGAGGAAAAGUUUAUAGUUUUUAAAGAAAGAAUUCCACUUUAUAUUAAAGUUACUAAAGAGUGUUCAGUGCCUACAUUGCAAAAGCUAUGUGAUACAUUAACAAAGCAUCCAUCAUGGUCAAUAGCCCAUUUGGUUGCCCACUUCGGUCUGUACGAAUUGUUCAACGAUCCGGAUGUCCAGAAACAUUUAGAUGAACCGGAUCCAGAUGUAGGAGCUACUCCGUUAAUGGUGGCAGUGAAAACAGGCAAUUUACGAAUGGUACAGAGUCUUCUAUCAUUAAACUGUUCAUUGGACGUAAUCGACAGAGAGGGGAACACUGUAUUCCAUUAUGCGGCUGCUAGUAAUAAGGAAAUUAUUAAUGUUUUAGCUAAUAAGAAGGCGACCUCACUGAACAUCUACAACAAGCAAGGUUAUACACCAUUACACGUGUCGUGUUUGGCCAACGCGCCCGACUGCGUGCGAGCGCUUCUGUUAGCCGGCGCUGACGUCAACCUCUCCGCUGCGAAACGUUCCCAGCCCUCUCAUGCACUACCAGGAAUCGUAGGCGACUUUGUCCAAGACAAUCAGCCGAAACUUUACCAGCAAGAUAUGAAGUAUGGAGGCACUCCUCUACAUUGGGCGAUAUCGAGAGAAGUCAUAGAGGCAUUGGUCGAUAAGAACUGCGAUAUAAACGCUUUGAACUUUGACGGACGUACCGCAUUACAUGUGAUGGUGAUGCGAGGUCGUUUAGAAUGCGUCAUAGCGCUACUAUCAAGAGGCGCCGAGCACUCUAUAGGCGAUAAAGAAGGGAACACACCACUUCAUCUAGCGGUCAAACAGACCAAUGUUUCUAUUGUCCAAGCUUUGAUCGUUUUCGGAGCGGAUUUGGAAGCAAAGAACAAUGAAGGAUACACUGCGAGACAUGUUGUACCCAUUGAAAUGUCGAACAGCGCCUAUGACAAGAUUUUGUACAUUUUGCAUGCGGUGGGCGCGAAAAGAUGCCCCACGGACGUGGCGGGGUGUCGCGCGGGGUGCGCGCCGCGGGAGGAGUACAACGGCGUGCCCCCACCCCCCAUCCCCUCGGCGGUGACACGUGACGUCAUCAGCGACAUGCUGACCUCCGCGGCCGUGGUGCGUUCCUCGCUCGACGACAAGAAGAAACAAGGCAGGUUACUUUGCUUAGACGGUGGCGGCAUCAGGGGGUUGGUGCUAGUCCAGUUGUUAAUCAACCUGGAGGCAGCUAUCGGCAAACCUAUCAUCGACUGCUUCGACUGGAUGGCCGGCACCAGUACAGGGGGUAUCCUGGCACUCGCACUCGCCUCGGGAAAGAACCUCAGGGAAUGCCAGCAACUGUACUUCAGGAUGAAAGAGUUCGCCUUUGCUGGCCUGAGGCCAUAUCCUUCGGAACCUCUGGAGACUAUAUUAAAGGAUUGUUUAGGCACAGAGACGGUGAUGGCGGACCUGAGCCACCCGAAGCUGAUGAUCCUGGCGGUGCUGGCGGAUCGCAAGCCGGUCGAUCUCCACAUCUUCAGGAACUAUCAGUCCCCGCAGGAGAUACUCGACGAAUACAAUGGAGCUAAGAGUCCCCAAGGCAGUGGGGGUGAGAGCAGUGCGGUGGUGUCGCUGGCGCCGCCGCCGCCGCCCGCGGAGCAGCUGGUGUGGCAAGCCGCGCGGGCCACGGGCGCAGCACCUUCAUACUUCCGAGCCUCGGGCAGGUACUUAGAUGGUGGUCUCAUGGGAAAUAAUCCGACAUUGGAUGUGUUGACGGAACUCACAGAGCUCCGGAUGGCGUACGAGGGCACCGGACAGCAUGAGGAGGCUGAAAAGACUAAUUUGAAAAUUGUGGUGUCAUGCGGCACAGGUUUGAUUCCAGUGACGAAGAUAAAGGAUUACGAUGUAUUCAAGCCGGAGAGUUUGUGGGACACGGCGCGUCUCGCCUGGGGUCUCACCGCUAUAGGGAACUUGCUCGUCGACCAGGCGACGCAGUGCGACGGGCGCGUGGUGGAGCGCGCGCGGGCGUGGUGCGCGUGCGCAGGCGUGCCGUACUACAGGUUCUCACCGCGCAUGUCCGCCGACGUGGCGAUGGACGAGCGCGCAGACGACCGCCUCGUCACCAUGCUGUGGGAGGCGCACGCGUACAUGCGCGCGCACCGCGACAGGCUGCUCGAGGUCGCCGCCAUACUUACCAAUGAUAUAAAGAAAUAAUCCAUUAUUAUGAUUAAGUUUCUGCUUCAAGUUACAUAUAUAAUAAUCAA